CUGAAUUCCAUGGAAACAUUGAACAUUGGUCGAACUUCCACGAUGUUUUCGAUUCAAUGAUUCAUAGGAAUCCAACUUUGCCAAAUAUCCAAAAGUUACAUUACCUUCGCGCUUCACUCAAAGGUGAUGCAGCUCGUAUAAUACAAUCCAUUCAAACAUCGGGCAACAACUACCCGAUUGCAUGGAAACUAGUUACUGAUCGUUUUGAUAACACAAACCUACUCGUCAGACAACAUGUGUCGGCGUUGUUCAGGAUACCCGCUGUUCGGAAAGAAUCAGCGUCCGGUCUGUCAGAUCUUGUUGAUAAUUUCGAAAAACACAUCAAAAUUUUGGCUACUCUUGAAGACGAGAAGGAUCACUGGAACUCAGUUCUAGUGGAACUUUUAAGCAGUCGUUUGGACCCAAGCUCUCAGCGAGAAUGGGAAUCCGAAUGCUCGGAUGCAGAAAGGCCACAGUACACAAAUCUCGUUGACUUCAUCAACAAGCGCGGACGAAUGCUGCAGUCGCUCAAGCUCUCCCACUCUCAAAACUCAAUUGUCGCCGUGGAUGUAAGGCAGCCGAGAGCUCGCACCAUUUCGAAUGUCGCCACUUCGGACCACGUCGUCAAAUGUGUGGCUUGCAAACAUGCUCAUCUGCUGUUUCAGUGCGAUGUCUUUCGUGGAAUGUCCCCUCAACAACGUUUCGAACUAGUGAAAAAACACGGGAUCUGCAUCAAUUGCCUGAAAGGGCAACAUUUCGCCACAAAUUGCACCGGAGGCGUAUGCAAGUAUUGCAAUCAAAAGCACCACACGCUUCUUCAUCUCGGUCCAGCCCCGUCGCACGCAGCAACGUUCGCGUCUGGUCAAAGACUGAAUCACACUGGAACUCACUACAUUGCCCCUACUAGUAAUGAGUCAGGUCAAGCCCGAUACGCUCAAUCGCAUUCUUCCCCCGUAUCGCUACAAACGUUUUCGUUGAACUCGUCUUCGUCAUCGCCGUCGUCGGUUGUUGCGCCUUCCCAGUCGUCGGCACACGACAAUUUCGCAUCAUUUCCACCUACUCAAACCUGCCAGACAGUUGUUCCUUCUUCUGUCUAUUCAGAAUCCACUGUUUUUCUGCCGGAAAAUCAUCAAACUCCAAGAUGUACAUGGAUCAUUCCAUUUUUCCCGUGA